CAGACCUUUAGUGAGGCAAGAGCUGCGCCUGCGCAGUGCGCAAAAAAGAUGGAUAAGCGUCUUUGUGUUAUUUCAGCUGAAAUUUCUGCUUAACUUCUACAAUAACUAUCAGUUUACAUGAUUAUAAAUUUGUACAUCAUGACCAGAAGUGUGUUGCUCAUCUGUUUCUUUAUACUGCUUUUGAAUGAAGUGUUUGCAAAGGAAAGCGUCCCAACAGUUCAGGGUUUUAUCGGCGAUUCGGUCGUUUUGCAGUGUCAUUCUGGUAAUGUACAACUUAAAUCCAUUACAGCACACUGGAGAUAUAAUGAUAUCAAGAAUGUUUACGACAUAGAAGACGGCAAAGUGUCGAUUGUGGAUCAAGACCGAGUGUACAGAGACAGAACUGAAAUGUUUCCUGCAGAAUAUAUGAAAGGAAACUUCUCCCUCAAACUCGGGAAACUUCAAAACACUGACGGAGGGUCGUACUGCUGUUUCAUCGCUAACAUCGCUUACAUUAAUAAACAGCAGUGCACACAGCUUCAAAUAAAAGAGAAACCAAGGGGAAUCCAAGAGAAACCAGACUCAAACCGUGGUGUUGAAUCCAAAGCAGAGAGGAUUGUCUCUCUGUUGUUCCAUUUCUUCGCUGUUUCUAUUUUGCUAUGUGUGCUUUAAGAGCAGAGCUACAGCGAGCUAUUACUGUUACAAAAUAUGUUGAAUUAGGACUGUUACCUAGUCUGUUCUCACUUGACCAGAGUGGGAACCGCAAAAUUAUCUUGUAUGUAGUUCAUUAAGAUGUAACCGAGACACAUUUAGACACAUACAACAUAUCUGACAUGUUAUAGAUCUCAAGUCAGGGCAGAUUCAGUAUAGAUACAGUCUGUUCACUGGGCUGCACUUUAGAUACCUCCAUUCAGCUGGAAAACACUGAAAAUGCGGCUUUCCAGAACAUUUCCAGUGGACAAAAACAAUAAAUGUUGGUUGUAAAAAUGGCAUUAAAGGGAUAGUUCACCCAAAAAUGCAAAUUCUGUCAUCAUUUACUCACCCUCAAGUUGUUCCAAAUCUGUAUAAUUUUCUUUGUUCUGGUGAACACAAAGGAAGAUAUUUUGAAGAAAGUUUGUAACGAGGCCACUUUGGGGCACCAUUGACUCCCAUAGUAGGAAAAAAACUACUAUGGAAGUCAAUGGUGCCCCAAAACUGUUCAGUUUAACACAUUCUUCAAAAUAUUUUCCUUUGUGCUCAGCAGAACAAAGAAAAUUAUACAGGUUUGGAACAACUUGAGGGUGAGUAAAUGAAGACAGAAUUUGCAUUUUUUGGGUGAACUAUCCCUUUAAGACUUCACAGCCUCGUUUCCAUUCACAUCAGUUAAAAUAUGCCAUCUACCCUGACAAGGUCAAUCACUUGAGUUUUUCAGUAAUCUUGAAAAUUUUAUUGCAGUGCUUUUGAUAAUGCUUUUGUCUUAUAGUUGAAUUCUAUAUUCUUUACAAUGUAUAAACUACUUUUAUUUAUAUAUCUUGUUUAAUUUAAAAUAAUUUAUUUUAUAUUUAAUUUAUUAAGCCUAUUUAUUUUAUUUAACGGGUAAAGUUACACUUAACUUAUUCAAACAUUUGUUAUGUAAACCUGUUAAAACUUGUUGUGUAACAGUAUGCUGUCUGGAGUGCAAAUAAAUUUGUUCUUGGAACUUG